AUGGAAUCAGUUGUUGGUCUUCUUCAAGAUGGUGUAGAAAAAGUUCCUCAAGAAUAUUCUAUAUCUUCAUGUCCUACAGCAAAUAAUGAUCAAUUCGAACCAAUUGAAUGGAUUCGUUUUCUUUCUAAUGCAUACAAUUGUCAUUCAUCAAUACGUAUUGAUACAUUAAUAUUAUUAAUUGCUUAUAAAAGUACUUUAACAUUAUGGAUAAUUGAAACAAAUGGUAUAGCAAGUGAAUUAUUUUCUAUUCGUGAACAUAAUAUUUGUUCAGCAUGUUUAUUAACAAUAAAUGUAUCAUAUGAUGAUACAUAUUCAUCUUAUCGACCAUUAAUUGCAUUUGCUAAAUCAGUUGGACCACCAUCAAUACAAAUACGUUCAUUAAAAAAUGAUCAACAAAUAAUAAAAUUAUUAAAUUUACCUGGUAUGGAUCUUCAAAUUGAACCCAUAUUAAUUGAAUCAAAUAAUUCUGUACUUAUUUGUACUACACAUACAUUUAUUAUUGUUGAUCAAUCAUCAGGUAGAAUUAAUAGUAAUAUAUCAGAACAAAAUGUAUCAUAUACAGAUAUAGUAUUAAAUGCAGCGAAAUCAUUAUCAAAAAGUGUUGUUAAAAUAGGUGAAAGUGUAUUAGGUUAUAGUGAACAACAAAUAAAUAAUUUAAAUUUAAAUGAAAAAAUAUCACUACUUAAACGACAAUUAUCAUCAACAAUAAAUAAUACGAUGAAUAAUAAUAAUACAAAUUUAACACAUCAUAGACAUGGAUCUGAAAAAGAUGAAUUACAAGCAGGUGUAUUCAUACUUGAACCAGUUGGAUAUUUACAAUUUAAUCCAAGUGGACAUUUACUUGUAACAUGUGAUACUAGUGGACAUUAUUUUAAUGUAUUAGAAAUUCAAGCAUCACCUUAUUGUUGUACAAGAACAUUUAUUAAAUAUUUAUAUAUUACUUUAUUUCGUGGAGAUACUGAUUGUCGAGUAUCUCAUAUGACAUUUACAACUGAUAGUCGAUGGCUUGCUGUAUCAACAAAACGAGAAACAACACAUUUAUUUGCAACUAAUCCAUAUGGAGGUAUUGUUAAUGUUCGUAGUCAUACAAAAAAUUACGUUGUAAAUAAAGUAAGUCGUUAUCAUCGUAUAGAUGAUCUCGAAGAACAACCGAUACGUCAAUCAAAUACUAAUACAAAUGAUAAUGGACUAAAAGAUAUUUUAUCAAAUACUUUAAUUAAUUCUUCAUCAAAUAUAAAUAAUUAUUAG